CGGAACCGAACCGAACCGGCACCGACACCGGCACCGAGCCAACAACCGGAGCGAAGCAGAGCCGCCCUGCCGAGCCGCUUCCCUCCAGCCAUGGCAGAGGCCUUGCAGGGACGCCCAGGGACCCUCCUGGUGCCCAGGAGCUGCUGCCACGCCCGGGGAGCUGCCAGGGGCCGUGCUCAGCUGCCUGCCUGCAGGAUGACCCUCACCACCACCACCAGCGUGGCCCAGGCUUUCUUCUGCCUCCUGCUCUGCAUCCCCUGGGGCAGCUCCUGCCCCCGCAGCUGCCGGUGCACGGAGCGGGCCGGGGCCAAGGCUGUGCUCUGCAGCUCCCAGCACCUGCAGGAGAUCCCCAAGGACAUCCCCAGGGACGCGGUGCUCCUCAAGCUGGAUGCCAACAGCAUCACCAGGAUCCCCAGCAACGCCUUCAGGCACCUGUCCCACCUGCGGGAAAUCGACCUGUCCGGGAACGCCAUCGAGCACAUCGACAGGGCGGCUUUCAGAGGGGUGGCAGCCGGGCUGAAGAGCCUGGACCUCUCCGGGAACCGCAUCCGCAGCAUUCCCAAGGAGGCGCUGCUGGCUCUCAGGGCCAAGCUGCGGCUGGCCAACAACCCCUGGCACUGCGGGUGCGCCCUGCAGGAGGUGCUCGGGGAGGCGCGGCUGGACCCCGACUCCGUGCGGGGCAUCACCUGCCACACGGCCCCGCGCCACGAGUACGUGGGCAAGCCCCUGCUCCAGGCGCUGGACAGCGGAGCCAACUUCUGCAGCGUGCCACGGAGGAGCACGGACGUGGCCAUGCUGCUCACCAUGUUCGGCUGGUUCGCCAUGCUCGCCGCCUAUGUCAUCUGCUACGUGCGCCACAACCGGGAGCGCUCCCGCGGCCACCGGGAGCACCCGCGGGCACUGCCCGGCACCCGGGGCCGGGCCGAGAGCUCCAGCACUGCCCUGUAG